CUUCAAGGUCAAAUUAAGCAUUGAGCCAGAAAAACAAGGCCUGAAAACCGGUCAUCACCAAAAUUCCAUCUCUCCUUUGAACAAGGUUUAGGGCUAUGCAGUCAUCUAGAAAAGCCUCGUACCAAGAAACUCUAGUCUCCCCUGUUCUUGAGCCUGUUAAAACAGAGACAGCUACAAAGAAAUGGGAAACCAAUGAAGAAAAGGAGAUGGCAGAUUCCAAGGAAUCAACCAGCUCCCAAGAACCACUUAGUCCAGCAGCUCGUUUGUUUCAUGCACCGCAGUUCAACUGUACUAUUCUCACAGCUAUUGGAUGCAAGACUAGUAUCAAUCCUGGUGUUAUCAUGAUGGGGUUGAAGCAGACUUUGAUGAAGCAUCCUCGUUUCUCCAAAAAGCUAGUGAUUGAUGAUAACAAGUGUGGCUCGAAAUCGAAAUGGGAAAGUACUAAAGUGAAUGUAGAAAAUCAUGUUACCGUGCCAAAUCUGGAUCCAAAUAUGGACUCACCUGACCAAUUUGUUGAAGACUAUAUCUCGAACCUUAGCACCAUUCCUCUGGACCUCUCAAAACCAUUAUGGGAAAUGCAUAUCCUCAAUGUCAAAACAUUGGAUGCUGAAGCUAUUGCAGUUUUCAGGAUCCACCAUUCCCUUGGUGAUGGUGCAUCACUAAUCUCUCUUCUUCUAGCUUGCACCCGAAAAACUUCCGACCCGGAUGCGUUGCCUAGUAUUCCGGCGCAACAACGGGCCGGAUCUCAUUUUUCAGGGGGAUUUUGGGGGUUGUUUUUUUCCAUGUGGACCGUGUUGAGAAUGAUUUGGAACACUUUGGUUGAUUCGGUUUUGUUUGUGGCAACAAUGUUAUUUUUGGAAGACACGAAGACUCCUCUUAAAGGUGCAUCCGGGGUUGAGCUAAAGCCCAAGAGGUUUGUACAUCGGACAGUUAGCUUGGAUGACAUCAAGCUUGUGAAGAAUGCAAUGAACAUGACCAUCAAUGAUGCUAUAAUGGGAGUAACACAGGCUGGUCUUUCACGAUACCUCAAUCGAAAAUAUGGUGAUCAGAGUGAGAUUGAAGAUGGAGAAAAUGGGAAGAAAAAUAAUAUCCCAAAGAGCAUACGUCUUAGAGCAUCUGUCCUAGUUAAUGUAAGACCAACUCCAGGAAUCCAGACUUUGGCUGAUUUGAUGGCUAACGACUCCAAUAACCCCAAAUGGGGAUGGGGUAAUCGGAUCGGAUACAUCAUCCUCCCUUUCACCGUUGGUCUACAGGAUGACCCAUUAGAACACCUUCGCAGGGCCAAAGCCAUGAUUGAUCGAAAGAAGCUAUCACUAGAAGCUACAUUCUCAUUUCACAUUGCCAUUUUAGUGAUCAAGCUAUUCGGAGCCAAGGCAUCUGCUGCUAUAGCCCGAAGAGUUAUUUCCAACACUACACUGGCGUUUUCAAAUGUGGUUGGUCCAUUAGAAGAAAUUAGCUUUUAUGGACACCCAGUGGCUUACAUUGCUCCAAGUGUUUAUGGAAGUCCUCAUGCAUUGACGAUCCAUUUCCAGAGCUAUUGCAAGAAAAUGACGAUUGUCCUGGCAGUUGAUCCAGAUGUAAUCCCUGAUCCUCAUAAACUUUGUGAUGAUCUAGAGAAGUCUCUUGAGAUCAUUAAAGAUAGUGUUGUGGAAAGAGAACUUGAUGCUUCCUAGUGAAAUAAUUUAUCAGGAGAAAGAAAGAAAAGCUCCAUGUUAUCAA